AUGGGGACCUGGGCAAUUCAGGGCGCGGUCGGGGCCUCCGCGGGGCACCCCUGGGGACCGGGCCGGGGCGGCGCGCAGGGCGCGCGCGGGAGCAUGGACGCGGAGGCCGCCCGCGGAGCCGCAGGUAAGCGGCGCGGGGGCAGCCCGGCCGCCAGCCCGCCCGCCUCCUUCGCCGGCCUCCUUCGUGGGCUCCACCCCGCGUAUCGGGUGUCAAUGGCUGGGCUGGUCCGGGCGCUCCGGGCCCCCGCGCUGCAGAGAGAGACCGUAGACCGCGCGCUGCGCGCGGCCGGGAGAACUUUCCCCGGAGUCGGCGCCGAGCCGCGCACCUGUGGCCGCCGCGGAGCGAGACAGCGGGCGGUCCCGGAGGUCGGGGGCUCGGCGCGCGGGGCUCUAGCGCCCACCGACCGGAGGCGCACCCCCCAAGGGGUCUCGGUCACCGCCCUCCCGACCGUCCCUAGGAUCCCCGGCCGCCGGGGACCCGCGCGUCUGAUGAGCUCUCUGCCUUCCCUUAACCUCGGCGGCCUAGGAAGGUCACGGUGGGAGGGCUCCAUAAAGCGUCUCGGGUGGCGGCCGGCGCCCCUGUGGCCCCCGCUCGGGGACUGUCAGUUUCGGCCCCGGCCCAGCCGGCCAGCCGGAGUGGGCAUUUACCCUGUGGAUAUUUUGGAAGACGACCCUGCUGGGCAUCAGGAAGCGACUCUGGCUUACUAUGCCAUGCUUGGGGAAGGAGCGGGGCCCUCACCAGAGGUUUUCUCUCUUCCCACUGGGGAGCAGGUUAAACUUGAAGCUUCGUCGGUUUGCUUUUGCACCGUGCACCGUGAUGAACCUCAACACAAAAUCUUGGUCUUGGUUAAUCCCUGGGACACAAAGACAGUUGUGGCUGUUUAUGUGAAGCAGUCCUGGUGGACCACUGAAGAUGUACUAAGGACCUCUGAUCCUUCAAGGGAAGGUCUGAUGAAGGUUCAGUCAUUUGGGGAAAGGAUUGUGCUUUUCAUUCUGAAUGUCGUUAUUUUUGGAAGACUAGAAAGGAAUUUGGAUGAUGAUGACAUGUUUUUUUUACCUCACUCUGUGAAGGAGGAGGCUAAGAUUCUGUGGCGAAAUGGAGCAGCUGUUGGAUUUUACACAACCAAAAGGAAAGGCAGCCUGUGCGGCGACGGCUCGGGCGCCUGCUACCUCCUGCCGGUCUUCGACACCGUGUUUGUCCGGAGGCGCCACCGCCGGCGGGGCCUGGCGCUAGCCAUGCUGCGGGACUUCUGCCAGACGUUCCGAGAGGACGAGGCCCUGGGCGUCAGCUGGCCCAUCUCGCCCGCCAUGUACCAAGUCUGCAGGAAGUUCCUGGCGGCCCACCCAGCCGAGCGGGGACGCCUGUGGGAGGUGGAGCCCCACGGAGCCUGGGGCCAGCGAGGCAACAUCUGGCUGAAGGUUCAGCUUCAACAGUCAAGACUUCAUCCGGACUCUCACUCAGGAUAUUCCGAGGAGGCCGUGGCUACUCGUGGGCAGACUUCUCAGGAUGAUGGACCCAGGCUCUCCCGUAACGGAGAAGACCACAAGGAGAGGAUCAGCGGAGACCAGGAGCAGACCGAUGGAGACCUCGCAGUGACGGCAGCAGCGGGGUGGCUUGCGCGAGCCUGCCGGGCGGGGCAGGAGGGGCCCACAGCGGCGGGUGCCGGGCUGCCCGUGGGCGGGGGUGGGGGUGGGGGUGGCGGCAUGCGGCCCCGCCCCUGA